CUGAGAGUAAUUUUCUUGAAUGAGAAAAAAAAAAACCCAAAACUUAGAAAGAAAGAACCAAACAAAUUGAACAGACGCAAGUUUCAACAGAAGAGAGAAAAAAAAAACCCAGAAAAUUCCGAAGAAGAAAAGUUCCUCGCUUUCUGCUUCACUGCCAAGAUGAACGGAGGUCCAUCUGGUUUCACAAAUGCUCCUGUUACAAGGGCUUUCAUCAUCGCUUCAGCGCUUUUCUCAAUCUUCUUUGGGAUCCAGGGUCGUUUCAACACUCUGGGCUUGUCGUAUCAGGAUAUUUUUGGAAAGCUUCGCAUUUGGAAGUUGAUUAUGUCGAUAUUUUCCUUCACAUCAACGCCGGAGUUGAUGUUUGGACUAUAUCUACUGUAUUACUUCAGGGUGUUUGAGAGACAAAUCGGUUCCAAUAAAUACUCGGUGUUUAUUGUGUUCUCUGUAUUGGCUUCACUACUGUUUGAGGUUUUUGCUGUAGCAUUUUUAAAAGAUCCUUCAGCAACCCCAGUCACUCCUGGACCUUAUGGCCUUAUAUUUGCUUCGUUUGUACCCUUUUUCUUUGACAUUCCUGUUUCAACACGGUUCCGUUUAUUUGGUUUCCACUUCUCAGAUAAAUCAUUCAUAUAUCUAGCUGGUCUUCAGCUUCUACUGUCAUCAUGGAAAAGGUCCAUCUUACCAGGGGUGUGUGGCAUCCUUGCUGGUUCCUUAUACCGUUUGAAUGUCUUUUAUAUCCGCAAAGCAAAGUUUCCAGAGUUUAUUUCAUCAUUCUUUUCACGAAUUUCCUUGCCAUCAAUGGGGAGUCCCACACGCACAACACCAACAAGGAAUGUUUUAGGCAAUGUGCCAUCCUACCCAGCUCGCCAAAUGGAGAGAAACUUUCCUGCUCCAAUGCAUUCUGCAGUAGAACCGUCGGAGGACUCAAUUGCGACCCUUGUUUCAAUGGGAUUUGACAGGAAUUCAGCAAGACAAGCCUUAGUGCAGGCCAGAAAUGAUGUGAAUGUGGCGACUAACAUCCUAUUGGAAGCACAGGCUCACUAAUUGCAUAAACAAAAGAUGGAUUGUUCUGGAUUGAUAGAUGGAAGGCUACUCCUUAACAAGUAUUGGAAAUUUACUAAUUUUCAUGGGAGGAUCGAGGCAUUCAUCUUAUCACCGUCCUCAAAUAUUCCACCUCCUAUUGAGGAUCAUUUUUCGUACCUUAACUUUGAUCUUUAGAUAUAUCCAUUUUAGUACUGGUGUUAAUAGAUCAUUGAGAAUUAGGAGCCUGUACAAAUUACUUGAAACAUAUGGACAACAUGCGUUUAAUUCUACUAGAGAUAUUGCUUUA